UGGGUCACCGGCUGGGGGAACAUCGGCCAAGGAAUUCCUCUACCGCCACCGCAGAACCUUAUGGAAGUUCAGGUUCCUGUGGUCGGGGAACGCCAAUGCGAUUGCUACUAUGGCGGAGGAGUCAUCACCGACAAUAUGAUUUGUGCCGGGCUGAGUGAGGGUGGAAAGGACGCCUGUCAGGGUGAUUCUGGCGGUCCCAUGAUGAGCAAGCAAGGAUCUGUGUGGGUGCUGAGCGGGCUCGUGAGCUUUGGGAGAGGUUGCGCUUUGCCAAAAUUUCCGUUCGUUUACACGCGGGUGUCCAGGUACGAG